UCUGUUUGUGGAUCAUCAUUCUUUAUAGCAACAGGAUUCCAUGGACUCCAUGUUAUUAUUGGAACAACAUUUCUUUCAGUAUGUUUAAUACGACAUAUAAUAAUUCAUUUUUCAUCUAAUCACCACUUCGGAUUUGAAGCAGCAGCACCAGAAAAAAUUUCACCAUUUGAAUGUGGAUUUGAUCCAAAAAGAUCCGCAUGCUUACCAUUCUCACUACGAUUCUUCUUAAUUGCAAUUAUUUUCUUAAUUUUCGACGUAGAAAUCGCCUUAAUUAUACCUACAGAUUAUAUCAUGAAUGAAACCAAGGCGCCUUACAAUGAGCCAAAUAGGGAUUAUAGU